AGCAAGAGAACAAUAACUCACUUAAAACACAGCAACAUGGUAAAAUAUAACCAAGCUCCGAAAGGUCAUCUACAAGAAUACAAACAACAUGUCCAAAACCUCCCAUUCCAGUCAGGAAAAGAGGUUCAGAACCUUCCCUUCUGGAAAAGAACAGAAGUUCAGAACUUAACAUUGCAACUAGAAAACUUGAAAAGAGAAGAAGUUCAGAACCUCCCACUCCACCCAGAAAAAGAAGUAGAGAUUCUGCAGGUCCAGCCAGAAGAAGCUCAGAUUCUCCCAUUCCAUCCAGAAAAAGAAGUUUGGAUUCAGAUCUUCCCAUUCCAGCCAGAGAAAGAAGUUCAAAACCUCCCAUUAGAAGUGAGUACCAGCAUGCUCACUAUCAUGAUGACAAUCCGCUCUUUGUCCAUCCAUGGAUGGGUAUUGUCGCCAACAUAUAUUCCAACCCGAGUCGAAGAUGGAAGGGCUGUAGGGGAAAGUGGAAAAAAACUGAAGGAGGAGUUCACAAGGCAAGGGUUUAAUCCCUUGAAGGUUCACCCUCUCUGGAAUAGAAAAGGGCAUUCAGGGUUUGCAAUAGUGGAAUUUAAUAAAGAAUGGGAUGGUCUUAAGAAUGCUAUUGUGUUCGAGAAAAGUUUUGAAAGUAACCAUUGUGGCAAGAGGGAUUAUUAUUCAUCAAGACAUCAAGGAGAAAAGUUGUAUGGUUGGAUUGCACGUGAUGAUGAUUACUAUUCUAGAAAUUUGAUCGAUGAUUAUCUUUGUAAACAUGAGAUCUAAAAACCGUCUCUGGAAAAGAGGCUGAAGAUGCACAGAAAGCUGCAGUUCUGGUGUCAAGUUUAACCAAUACCUUGAAGACCAAAAAUAUGCACCUUAAGGAAAUUAAGAGCAAGUAUAUUGAGACAAGUGUGGCUGUUAAUAAGGUGAUUGAUGAAAA